AUGCCUGACACGCGAAACGAAUGCACCCUUACACUUCCUAAAAGGGAAAAAAGGGUAUUUUACCCUGAUAUUUUGGGCCCUGGUCCACUUCCCUUGAUUUCCAAAAAGAAUAAUAAUAAUAAUAAUAAUAAUAAUAAUAAUAAUAAUAAUAAUAAUAAUAAUAAUAAUAAUAAUAAUAAUAAUAAUAAUAAUAAUAAUAAUAAUAAUAAUAAUAAUAAUAAUAAUAAUAAUAAUAAUAAUAAUAAUAAUAAUAAUAAUAAUAAUAAUAAUAAUAAUGAAACAAACAAACAUGCUCUCAGACUUUGUUAUUUGCACCCGCACCUUCACCUCCAGCAUCCUCCAUCUGAAAUCUAG